AUGGCUUCAGGGAAUCGGUUAUCGCGUGAGGAAAAAGGAAAAGAUAUAGCUACCUCGCCGAGCCCGGCUAGGGAUGCGGACGGGGGUCCGUUGGAGGAUUUUGACAUAAUCCAUCGUGACGCUCUGCGGGAUACGGAGAACAUGAGCCUUUCCCAGCAUCUUUUGGUCGCUGACGCCCAUAGGCAGUUUCGCGAAGAAAUCGAAGGAAACGUUGAGGACGAGGAUAGAGAGGCGAGUGGUUCCGAAGCGCCUAGCCUUGUCGUAAGACCCAGGAGACGGGCUCAUCGGAGGGCUCAUAUCGACCAGUCAGACCGUCUUCCCGCACCGAGAAGUGUUCCGUUCGACGAAGUAGACUACCGCCCUGUGAUAUACCACCCCGGUGGGAUUUUCGAAGAAUUACCUUCGCUGCCUCCCGAAGCGUUACGCGACCCACGAGUUCAAUCGUGGGGAAACGUUUUCAGUUCCUGUUCUUCCAACGAGACCGUGAAGAAUUUGCUAAGGGAGAAUGGUGGCGCUGGAGUCACCUUCCUUAUUCCGUCAACCGAUCAGCAGCCGUGGUCGCCACCAGUUGGUUACCAAUGCGUGUACGAAUCCUACUUCAAGGAUCAGACGAAGCUCUGGUUCCCAAUCCCCAGAUUGAUCACGUCUUACGCGUUUCGUCGGGACAUUGCCAUUUCUCAGCUGCUGAACGAGUCGCUGCGCAUAGCCGUCAUGUUGAUGGUUAUGGCCGCGGAGAUGGAUGUUUCGAUGAGCGUGAGGGUGUUCGAGGAGCUGACUUUCACGAAGGCGGAGCCAAACGGGAUCUUUUCAAUAAAGAUGCGAGCGAGUUACAACGUUUUGACGGGUCAUCCCAACAAGACGCAGGAUUGGCAACGCGCAUACUUCUUCAUUAAGUCCGACGAGCAUGCCUUCGAGGAGCCGCCGGGGGACGACUAUCGCGUUUUAUGGAAUCAGCAACUUGUUCGUCAUCCCAAUACGAUUGCCUAUCCCGAGAAAUUCUUCGAAACUGCCCAACUGAUCGCGACGCAUAGUCAUCUCAGGUGGCCGGAUCUUAGUCGAGAGUGGAUACGUCGGCAGCAAGCUAGGAUCGCUAGAGUUGAUUGGGAAUCGAGACUUCCUUGUGUACUCGGUCCCCGCAAGUCACGUCUCUCCCUAUUUACUCGGGAACAACAAAAGCUCCUUAACCAAGCUAGAAAGAUGGAGGGAGUUCCCGACUUUAGUGCCCUGUUGAAAGGGAAGCUUCAAAUGCUCUCAACGAAGUCGUCUUCUGCCGGUGCCUCAGAGGUUAGGCCUGUUCCCGCAGAUGGAGGCGUGAGCUCUGAACCGCCAGCUCAGAGUUCCCCAAAGAAGAAGGCCAAUAAGGCCAAGAAAAAGAGUGUCCCUUUGGAGGAGGCACCAUCCUCUGCUGAUGUCUCUGAAGUCGCGGCUAAGAAGAGGAAGAAGAAAAAGGAGAGCAAGAAAAGGUCUCGUGAGGAGGCUUCUGUUGAGGUUUUGGAGACCUCAACUGCCGCGGGGAACGAUGAUGCGGAAAGAAACGAUCCAACCGAUUCUACUCGGGGAUCACCUGAGGAACAUCCCAAGAAGAGAUUGAAGAAAACGACCGCGGAAGACGAUGGGACUUCUCCUCCCGGAAUCCCUUCUAGUUGCGGGGGACCGGCUACCGAAACCGGAGAUGGCUCACGGGAUGAAUCUCCGUUGAGUAGGGGAGCCCCUUCUUCUUCUAUCCGUGGUGGGACCAAAGAGUUGCCGCCGAUCGACGACUUGUACUUCAAAAAGGAGUACAUUGACGCGGCUAUGGCGAGCAAACGGAGUGACGGGAGCAUGAAUUAUCUCGUUGAGAAGUACGACAGCACCUUGAAGCAGACGAUGGCCGGCGACAAAGCGGCCAAAGAGAAAGAGGUCCUCCGAGUCAAAUUUGAGGAGUUGGAAGACAAGCUGAGGUCUGACCGUCUCGCGAAGAAGGACGCUUUACGCGAGAAAACUCGCUUAGAGCGGUUGGUCGCUUCCCUCGAGAAAGAGAAGGCCGAGCUCGAGGAAGAGAGGGACGCUGUCGUUGGAACGCUGGUCAAAGAGAGGCAACGUCUGAGGGACUCUAGAGUUCAGGAGGUCACCCGCGAGAGGAUCAAGGUUCAAACGGCUAUGGCGGACAAGUCUACUCGCUGUGUAGGUAAGAUGAAGGGCUAUCUGGAUCGCCUUAACGCGCUAGUGAAGGCCAAGAAUCUAUACGGGCAGGCUUCAGGGACGAAAAAGUGCCUUGAGAUGAUAAGAGAUAGCGGGACCGAGAUCCCGCAGAGUAUGAUCGACAUCUUUUCGGAGCAGGAGUAG